ACCUGAAACACCAACUCACACUGAGACCUUGAACAAAGACCCAGGGUCUUUUCUUCCAGGAGGCUCAGCUACUUUUCUUACUCAUUUGGUCUUCAGAUUCUGGCACAAGAUGAAAGUUUCUGGUCUUCCCAUCUGCCUUCUCUCUGCUGCAUUUUAUCUCUUCUGGACACCUUCUGCUGGGCUGAAGACACUCCAUUUGGGAAGCUGUGUGAUCACCACAAACCUUCAGGAAAUACGAAAUGGAUUUUCUGAGAUACGAGACAGUGUGCAAGCCAAAGAUGAAAUCAUUGAUACCAGAAUCUUGAGGAAGACUGAGUCUUUGCAAAACACAAAGCCUACAGAUCAGUGCUGCCUCCUCCGCCAUGUACUGAGACUCUACCUGGACAGGGUAUUCAAAAACUUUAAGACUCCUGACCAUCAUAUCCUCCGGAAGACCAGCAGUCUUGCUAACUCUUUUCUUACCAUUAAGAAGGAACUCCGGCUCUGUCAUGCCCAUAUGACAUGCCCUUGUGGAGAGGAAGCAACAGAGAAAUACAGCCAGAUUCUGAGUCACUUCGAAGAGCUUACGCCUCAGGCCGCAGUGGUGAAGGCUUUGGGAGAGCUGGACAUUCUCCUGCAAUGGAUGGAGGAAAUGAAAUAGGAGGAGAGUGAUGACCUUACUGACAGUGGUGCUGGCCAAGCAUCCCAG